AUGCAAUUGCUCGAUUCAUCCAUCAACAUACUAGAUCAAGGUGUGAGCGACUUUCCUCGACUAGCCAAAGUACUGCAGACAACACGACACUUUGAACUCAUCUCCGAGUCAGACCUCCAGACCGCGCAAUCAGCACUCCUCUCAGAGAUCCGCCCUGAAGUCGACAACCUCCUCAAGCGCGUUGAGAAUUACUUGGACAAACUGGAACGUCGUGAACAAUCCCUUAUAGCCAAGUGCGAUCUGAACGAGGGCAGACUUGGACGUGACAACAAUGGUGGAUCGGGUUCUCGACCGGCAAGUAGGACCGCACAGAGGAGUGGGGGCAAGACCAUCAGCGCGCAGCAGGAACUGAGGAUGAAGACAUUGAGGGCAAAGAAGGACAGGCUUAGCUAUGCCGUGGAGACGCUGGAGUUGCAAGCGAAGCAGAGAGAGAGGCAGUUGCGGAUGAGCAUGGCCGCACCACAGCAGUUUUAUGACGAUUAA